GUUCUCCUGUUGACCAUCACCACCUCCCUCAUCCACAUCCUCAAUGAUGGCCAGCUUCAUCAAACCCAGAACGGCGGAGACUGGCAAUAGAACACUCGAAUCACUCCCAGAGGACAUCCUCGAGCAAAUCAUCAACCAUCUCGACCUGCGCUCGAUCAGCCGACUCUCUCGUGCAUCUCACUCACUACUCAGUUUAACUCGCUCGGACUCACUCUGGAGAAGAAUCGCUAAGGCUCUGAUCGGACCAUGGAUCCAUCGAUCACUGCUUUCAACCAAUCUCAACUCCCGCUCUGAACUCACUCACCAUGUCCAACAAAAACACUCCGAUUGGACCCUCGACCCUAACUGUUUCCCUCUCUCCCAAUUCUCUCGUUCGACUCCCUCUCACCAAAGUCAGGAGCUCUUGAUCACCUCCUGGUAUCAAUUCUCCGCCCGCUUCCUGAUCCCCCAUUUUCAUUUUCUGGGCUGGCAUGUUUCGAACAUCGUUCCGCAUGGUCAGCUCAUCCUAGUCACCUAUGAUACGUCGUCCGGUCGAUUGCUAGCAGAAGAGAUCAAGUGUCAGAACCUCUACAGUACUCCGCCGGACUCAUUUUUCAUCCCCCCAUUCAGUCUAGGUCGUUCAGAAGCAAACUCCCAAUCUUCUACUCAGCACACCCAAGCACCGGUCUGGCCAUCAUGGCUACCUUUGAGCCAGAUCCGCUUGGACUCAAAUCGGGUCCAAUAUAGUCUUGCGCCUGGGAUUGACUCUCCAAGCUCAAGAUACACCUUCGACAUCUUUGCUCCAGCCUACGCCUCUUCCCCACUAUUCUCGAUCUUCCCCUUCGAACCUCACUACCGCUUGGCGUGUGUACCCAGCUCAUAUCAACAGAUCACUAUCCAAAAACCCAAGCUGAUCGUCAAACCCUGGAGCACAUUAAUAACCAAAGAGUCGCUCACUCCGCUCUGUAAUCCUGCCCAAGUCAUCGCCCGUCGAUCGAACAUCCUCUCCCGCGAUAUUCUGGACCAAGAGGAUCUGACCGACCUGCUCAGUAAUCCGGGAAUCGGCGUCAACGAAUUUCAUUCCCUCACUCUUGCCUCCUCCCCUGAGGGUCCAGCCUCCAGAGUAGACACCCCAGUCAGUGAAGACCAUGCCCGAAUCCGUUACCAAGGGGGCCCUCGUCAACAGCAAGUUCGGACCUCCAACAUCUUACUAGGGGGACGAACGUAUACGACCAAUGGGGCGGGACUUCUUCGACCAGUCGUCCACUUCCCGAUCUGGUCAAUCGAAUAUUAUCCGCUCAACGGUCCCACACCGUAUCCUCCGCCUCCUCUCCCUCCUCUUCAUCGUCAUUACCAGUCAGAAAAAUCACUUGAAGGUCUCUGGGUGGGCUGUUAUGGUAGUCAUGGGACCGAAUUCGGUCGAAUCAUCGUCGACUCCUUUCAGAUCUCGUUUGUCAAACUUACCGGUGAUCCUAAUAUCCCCGCCGGUCAAGUUAGUUGGAAAGUUAAAUACGACCCCCUCGUCCCUCUGAAUCCUAUCCCAAUCUCGGAGGCUAUCUCUAUCGAUCUUGGGGCUAGUUUGGCCGAUGGUGGCUGGCUCAGAGGUCAUGGACAAGUGGCUAAUACGAAUUACGAAGAACCCGGAUGGAUUAAUACUGAAGUCCAAUUUAUUUCUAAUGAUAUGUCGUCCGAUUCUCAUACUCUUUCGUCCGAUUCUCAUCAAGUAUUACUAAAGGAGGAGGUCCAACAGAUUAGAGUCAAGUGGAUCGAACUCGGUCGGGUCUCAACUUUCUUCAAGGUCUCGUUUUCUUGAAUCCCAUCGUCUUCUUCUCCUUACCCUCACUCUCAAUUUCUUCAUCUCUUUGAGUCACCCCCCCCCCUCCCUCUCCCUUUUUUUGAAACUUGCACACUGUCAAUUAGCUUCGUUUAUCUCUUCGUUUUUGUUCAAGUCGAUUAAAGAAAAGAUCAACUCAAUCAUCUGAUCUAAAAUGUAACCAUAACAAUACUUCGAAUUUCUUUGUUUUAAUUAUAGAUAUAAACACAUUGUUCUUCUGGUUUGCUCAUUUAUUCUUUAUAUAGGUGUGUACGUGUAUAUUCAUUGUGGGUUAUUGUGGAUACUUAACAAGCUCUUUUCAAAUAUAUGUGUGUAAACAAGUCAAUCUCUUUCCUCCUCUGCACCAUCCUUCUUUCUUCUCUCCCAUUUUUUUACAAGAUCUAACUAACAGCAAUCAAAAAAAGUAGUUUUUUUUUCUCAAACUUUCUCAAGACUGAUAAAUAGCCAAGACAAAUUGCAAUUAAAAUGUGAA